AUGAGCAAUUUUACGAUGUAUUAUAAACUCGACGGAGAUUCAUUGUUUCCAGUCAUCCAAAAUAUGACCGCAGAGGACAUCCUCCCUUUCAUGAUGAUCAAUAAACGAUACCAACAAAUCGUCUUGAAACUCGCGGUCGUUCCAUCGUUCAAAUCGUUGACACAAAAAACACUCAGAAUGUUUCCAGCAGCAAAAACGAUCUCGUUUGGCCUUGAGAAUUACGUCGACACCUUUGGCGAUGACGAACGAUAUAAAAAUGCCGAUUACGAGUUUCACAUCACUUUUAGUCCAAAUGACGUCUCGUAUAUUCCAUACUUGGACAGAAUCGCUAACAAACUGAUUUCAUUGAAUGUGCCUUUCCCGGUCCCAAACACCGUCGAACUUCUUCCAAUUCUCCUCAAAAUGUCGAACCUUCAAACACUUGUUAUUGACGCAGGCAAUUUGUGUAAAAUCUCACAAUUGUCUUCAAGUGCACUGGUCGACAUCUACUCACUCCCACAACUGAAACUCGUCAAAAUCACCGCACUCUCCCUCACACUCAUUUCUCACUAUUUGCUGUGGAACGACGUGUUCGGGACAAAGAUGGACUCGGCGACUAAAACAAUCAUCUACAUCAACAGACUACAAGACAACGACGACUUGCUGAAUGUCGUCAAUAAAGCACCGAAAAACGUCCAUUUUAUGAUCGACUGUAAUGAGAACUACGACGGGCUGUACGACUUGCUGGCGCACAAAAGUGUUUAUCUCUCAUUCAAUAGAGUAUAUACAGGUAUUGGGUGCACUGUAUCUAAAGACACUGACAACGCGGAGAAGUACCGCAAAAUACUUGACGGGUUGUUUGUGCAAUACAUGCCACGAGCAAUUUGUCCAAAUUGUUUCAUGGACUUGCAGUUCAUUCAAGACGCGUUGACGGUGACAACACUGUACAGCGUCAACGAGGAACUUUUAGAAAAAAUGAAGAGACUUGAACAACUCACUGUGAGCGAGCAAUUUGGCGAGCUGAAAACGUCGUACGACUUUAGAAAUUUGCUCUCGUUAACUUCUUUGAAGCUCAUCGGUUUCGAGUCGAAAAAGAGAAGCGUGAAACUCCCUUCAAGGUUAAAGGAGCUCGAGGUCUUAGGUUUCAUCAACGAAGAAAAGGAUGUUGAUGUCGAAAACGUUGAAGGGUUUGUCGGCCUCACGGUAUUGACAAAACUCGCAAUGACAAAAUGUCAGUCUAUUUCGCUCUCAUUACCAUCCUCAUUAAAAUCACUCCAAUUAACUGACUUCCCAUGUAUGUCAGAAUUGCCUUUACAAAGACUCCAAAUUUUGUCUUCAAUCUCAGUCAAUUCGUGCGCCGCAAUGACAUCCAUUUUACUCGGAGAUGCGGUCAGAACAAUUAAUUUGGUCAACUGUGGAAGACUCAAAAAUGUCCACUCGUUCAAAAAGGACUUUAAACUGACGGCCGACGCAUGUUACGCACUCGAGAAGUGA